GUGCAUUGUGGGAAGCAGAUGAUUGGCCCCGGCGCCAUUUUGCCGCUUCCAUCGUAAAAAUCCUGCUUUGCCGCACAAACGCGUCCCUUCUGCCGCUGACUACUCACACCGAACCGUUCACCCUCGGUGAUCAUUUGGCGCCAUGGCUCGUACCAAGCAAACAGCCCGUAAGUCCACUGGAGGAAAAGCCCCCCGAAAGCAGCUGGCCACCAAAGCAGCCCGCAAGAGCGCGCCCUCCACAGGUGGGGUGAAGAAGCCCCAUCGCUACAGGCCCGGUACCGUAGCCCUCAGAGAGAUCCGUCGGUACCAGAAGUCCACUGAGCUGCUGAUCCGAAAGCUGCCCUUCCAGCGCCUGGUGAGGGAGAUCGCUCAGGACUUCAAGACCGACCUGCGCUUCCAGAGUGCAGCCAUUGGAGCGCUGCAGGAGGCCAGCGAGGCUUACCUGGUGGGGCUCUUCGAGGACACCAACCUGUGCGCCAUCCACGCCAAGAGGGUCACCAUCAUGCCCAAAGACAUCCAGCUGGCCCGCCGCAUCCGCGGAGAGAGGGCUUAGAGGCUCCCUUCUGUUGUACUUCAGUCCUGUUUUUCUUGCCCCCCCCCCCCCCCCCACCUGUCCAUUUUGUCUGCUCCCCUGCCCCCCUCCCGCCAGCUACUCGAUAGACAUUAGACAUCCUGAUUAUGAACAGAUAUUCUUGUCUCCUAGAGGUUUUUGGCUUUGUCUCUCAUCUUCAGAUGUACCUUUAGGGUUCGGACGGACGCUGUUUUGGAGAUCAGACGCACAUGUCGGCGCACAUUCAAACAUCUGUCCCUGAGUCGGACGGGGGCUCUGAAGCCAGCCAGUGGGCGCUCCUCUUUCUUCAGGUGUCAGAUGAUGCGUUUGCAGGCAGCUGAGGGUCCAGGCCGACGGGCUAGUCUGCUUAAGGGGAGCUGCAACUUCCACAGCAGGGUGCUAUUGAAACUAGCCCUGAGGCCAGCGGCCCGUCUGCCCCCCGUCCCACACAGUCGGCCCCUGCGCCCUGACCCCCACCCAUCCUCUGUGAGAGGGGGGGGGCUGCUGUGUGUGACCAUGUGCAGCUGGAUCUUCCAAAUCAGUGGUUUUCAUGAAAAAAUGUCCUGGUGGCUUAAAAUAAUGAAAUAAUGUGGUGCACAUGGUCUUUAUCUUUUUGUAUUGGAGAAUCUUAUCCGCCCCCCUCCCAAAUGAGUAGAAUAGGAGGAUAAAGGUAAUUUGUGUUUUUCCUGCACAUCCCAGAGCUGAAUCAGAAACACCUGGGAAGCGGUGUGUCUAGCAGCAGCCACAGGGGGGCGCUAUUCCAGUGCUGCUCUGACUGAACAUCAGUCUGCUUCUCUUCCGUCUACGUCACAGAGACAUUAGUUAGCCAACGUUUCACUUUGCAUGUUUAGCAUCUGUCCUCUGCAGUAUCUGUAGAUGUGAUCCUAUAAUCUGUCCUCUUCUCCUAAACUGAUACAGAAUCUAACUUCAUAUUUGUUUUCUUUUAUAUUUUUCUUAAGAUUUUGAGACAUGUAAGAAAGCUGAUCUUUGUAUUUUCCAAAUUUCUCAUAUUCUGGUGGUAAUAAAUAGAUGUUAAAAAAAAUCA